AUGGCUCCAGCACUUCCGACAGCCGUUCCAGCACCAACCGGAGCACCGGCCAAACCGCCCCCAGCCCAGCCCCCUCGUCGCAAGAGAAAGAACCGAACUCCGGUAAUUACUAGGCUGAUAGUCGAUGAUCUUCGCGGUGAGGUAGCCUAUGUGUCGGAGGAUAUUUGGCGCGAUGUCUUCGGGUUUGUGAAGCAGGAGCCCAAACCGCAGCCUGAGCAGGAAACUGUGAACGGGAUUCCGGUAAUGGGCGGGCCUGCAAUGGUGAUCGUUGAUGAUGGUGAGCGCUAGAUCCACUUGUGAAGACAGGUGUUGACCCUUCGGAACGCGAUAGAUGAGGACGACGAACCCAUUCCCCCUACACUACAUGCUGCCGUUACCCCUUUAAUAUCUUCACGAGAAACCGCUACGAAGAAAUGGACCAUCUUUCCGGUUACCUUCCUUCCAGGAAGCUCUCAAUUUCCCGGGCUCCCGCCGGCGACUAUGAUGCUUCCACGUACCAUCGCUCUUCCACCAUCUCUCGCAGCCGCUGGUGAAAUGAGCUCGAAGCCCUUUGGGGUGCUAUUGAUAGACGUGGUCCCAAUUGGCCUUGAGAGAGUGUUCGUUAACGUUCGAUUCCCAAUGGGGACCCCGGUGGAGGACGACCAGGAUUUGGAAGAUCGCGUGAAGGAAUCUCUUGGUUCUGCAAAGCUAAUUCGAACGGGUGAUGACCUCCCGCUGAGAUAUGCGCAUGGAAGGGUUGAGAGAGGGAAAGCCAGGAUCGAACUCUGUGAGCCUGUUGAGCAAGGAUUACUUUUACGGGAAACUAAGGUUGUGGUUGUCAAGGAGAAAUUAUCAAAUACACGGAGACGAGGUCUAGAUGACAUCGACGGAAUUAUCUUGGACGGCGAAUGUGAGGAUAGUGGUGGGGUGUCCUUAUCUGGGGAAGAUGGCGCGACGGGCAGUGACGAGGACGAGGAUGACCCGUUAGCAUUCUCGGGCUUUCUGUCCACACCUUUAACCUCUAGCAGUCUUUCAUUCCCUUCAAUUUCUACUACUCCGCAUUUACGGAACGGUUACCAUUCCCCAAACACCCUUGCCUCACCAGCUCCCACUAGCACAAGCAAAGAGUUCACUACCCAGCCUCUAACUAGACCCAUACCAUCCGGCCUGCUGCAUCCAAAACCGAAGGAACAAGACGAUGAUGAAGCUAGGGCAUUCAUCAAAGUUGGUGAUUUAGCAAAGUUGGGCUGUUUCUCUGGGGAUUGGGUUCGGGUGUCUCUACCUGCCCCUCCACUGACGGAUACGUCUUCCCCAACUCUUACCAGAGCAGCGGAGACCGUGGCCCGGGGGCGCGGAUAUGGAACGACUAUCAGCCCCCGGACUGUGAAUUGUAGUAGGCCAGGCUCCAGGGCUUCUAGAGAUCUCUCUGCAAUGCGAGGUGAUGGGGGAUCCGACUUGGAGGUUGGGCGCCCGGUCAAGAUUUACUCCCUUCCAGAAGGCUGGGAGACUUCCGGCCUGUCCGCCAAACGCCGAAGGGUAAGCGGGAAAGGUAAGGAGCUUGCCAUUGAUGGGGACUCUAGGAAGGAGUUUAACCCAAUUGUCUACCUUUCCCCCGUCCUCCUCGCAAACCUAGCGUCAUCUUCUCCAACCACAACUGUUCCCGAGGUGAUUCUUUCGCCAUUCCCUACAGCCCCUACUUCUCUAUUAAGCCCAGCCCCCCUGUUUCCCCCUGCCGCAAAAGAAGUCACUCUGUUACGAAUAGCAUCGCCCAUCUCUACAGACAGGGCUCUUCAGCCUUCACUACUUUUACAACUGAAAUCAUAUUUUGAAUCUUGCAGGAGAUUGGUUCGAAAGGGGGACGUGAUUGCUGUGGGAAUUGAUGAAGCCCUUGCACGGAGUCUUUACGGUGGUGAUGCCGGAGACGGUGUAACAGAGGAACUAUUGACCGGGGGAGUAGAAGAAAAGGGAAGCAGAAGAACUUGCGUCGCAUGGUUCAAAGUAGGCAGUAUUGGCCCAUCAGAGGAAGCCCCCGAAAAGAGCCCAGUUGGGAGGAGAACGGCAGAUAAGAAAGAUAAAGAGGAUGAUAGCAUCUGGGGCGGAGUAGUAUUUGUUGAUCCAGCGAGCACUCGCAUGGUUCAGGCUGGGUCUGAGAGGCGAAAGAUACCACCUACCAUCAGCUCUACUUGGGAGUACUAUCUUGGACUGCAUCCGCCCCCUCUACGAUUGGCCGCCGUUCAAGGAGUUCCACCGGCGUUGAUUGCGCCAGGACGUUGUGUCAAUCAGACCCAGCGACGCCUGAGAGAAUUGGUUUCUGCGGCUACCUCGCAGAGAGCUAUUCAAUUAGGGUUGCAAUCGAUCGCUAUUCUAUUAACAAGUACUCAAAGGUCCAUUGGCAAACGAACACUAGCAAUGAGAGCCGCGGCUGACGUUGGAGUGCACGUUUUCCAUAUAGACGCCUACGACAUCAUCUCCGAUGGUGGUGCCGGGGACGUAAAGACAGAGGGUUUUUUGCGGGCCAGAGUUGACAGGGCACUCUCCUGCGGUAAAGAGAGCUGCGUUCUACUACUCUCUCACAUCGAAGCCCUUACAGCGGCACGAAUGGGGGAAGUAUUGAAAGACAUUGUGGGCCAAAUGCGUAUCGUGAUCGCGACAACGACAGAAGUUGACAAAUUAUCAGAGAACAUCCGUAACGUCUUCACCCACGAGAUGGAAGUCGGAGCUCCAGACGAAAAUGAGAGGGUGGGGAUCCUGGAAGGAAUAGUAGACGAGCGAAGAGUCCGCCUAGGAAAAGAAGUCGACCUAGGAAAUAUCGCUGUUAAAACAGCCGCUUUGGUAGCCGGAGAUCUCGUCGACGUGGUCGAGCGCGCGGUCGCAGCAUCUCAAGACCGCAUUCUAAGACUUGCGAAGAAAUGCCGCGUUCGUCAAAAAGACCCUAAUUCCCCCGAGGGUCCCGUCUCAGUCAAGGACUUGGAAAUAGCCGGCGGUGACGAAACCACCAGCGUUCUAAAGUGCGACUUCGAAGUAGCUGUCGAAGCUGCGCGCAGGAACUUCUCCGACUCGAUUGGCGCACCAAAAAUUCCGAAUGUGGGCUGGGACGAUGUAGGAGGUCUCGCAAAUGUAAAGAGCGCCGUCAUGGAGACAAUCCAACUCCCGCUUGAGCGACCAGAACUCUUCGCAAAGGGGAUGAAGAAGCGCUCCGGAAUAUUAUUCUACGGACCUCCCGGAACAGGAAAAACGCUACUAGCGAAGGCGAUCGCCACAGAAUUCUCCCUCAAUUUCUUCUCCAUAAAGGGGCCUGAACUACUAAACAUGUACAUCGGUGAAUCAGAAGCGAACGUCCGGAGAGUUUUCCAGCGCGCCAGGGAUGCACGGCCUUGUGUUGUCUUCUUCGACGAACUGGACUCUGUCGCGCCGAAAAGAGGGAAUCAGGGUGAUUCCGGGGGUGUCAUGGACAGGAUUGUUUCCCAGCUGCUCGCAGAAUUGGAUGGCAUGAGCGAAGGUGCGGAAGGCAGCGGUGGCGUAUUCGUCAUUGGAGCAACCAAUCGACCGGAUUUGCUGGAUGCAGCACUACUUCGACCCGGGAGGUUCGACAAGAUGCUGUAUCUGGGUGUUUCGGACACUCACGAUAAACAAUUGACCAUCAUGGAGGCUCUCACUAGAAAGUACACCGUCCCUCCAUUUCCCUCUCCUUCCCUUCACUAACCAGCAACACAGAUUCACCCUCUCCCCAACCCUUUCUCUCCGCGGCAUAUCUGAAACCCUCCCCUUCACCUACACAGGAGCAGACCUGUACGCCCUCUGCUCCGAUGCAAUACUCAAGGCAAUCACGCGACAAGCCAACCUCGUCGACGAAAAAAUAAAGCGCUUAUCCGCCAUCUCUGAGGAGUCUGUUUCUACAGCUCACUUCUUCGACAGCAUCGCUACCCCCGAAGACGUUCUUGUCGUAGUUGGCGAAGAGGACUUUUUACAGGCGAAGAACGAAUUAGUAGGCAGUGUUAGUGCCAAGGAGUUGGAGCACUACCAGAGGGUUAGAGAGCAAUUUGAGAUGGCGGAGGAGAAUGAGAAAAAUAAGGGGACAGGCAAGGGGAAGGCUAUCAAAGAGGCGGUGGUAGAAGAGGAGGAAGAGGAGGCGCCAGUAGUAGAUAGGAAAGGAAAAGGAAAAGUAGUAAUGGUGGAUAGAGAUGCCGGCGUUGAAAUCGAAGAUGUAGGGAUGCAGCUGAGAAGUCGGUUGGAGAUCGUGCCUGAAGAGCAGGAGUGGGAAGAUGGAGCUGAAGGAGACGAACAAGAUCUUUAUGGCAGCGGGGCGUAAUGCCGCCGCGGACGUAAAAGUAGUUUAAACCAGAGCAGCUGUCGAUGGUCCCAGCGGGGUCCUGCAUUCUUCUUAUAUAGCAGCGCCGUCCCAGGAAAUUUACGGAUGAAGAAUGGUUGUGAGUGAUAGUGUGUGAAUGGGAUAGGUGGGAAACGUUAUUGAUCUCAGAGCAAGCUUGAUUUGGACAUUGUACUUUACUGUAAGAUUAUCCUAGAGAAACACUAUUCCAUAAUACCAGUGCCAAUUUCCCAUUUGAGUGAUAAUCACUUCCGAGUAGUGAGACUACUACCAUAAAUCCUGACCACCUCCCCCAUCACACCACAGUAUCCGGAGCAAAACAUUAAGCAAAAUAAUAACGAUUGUGCACGCCCACCCUCAUCACUCAAAAAUCCUCGAUAUCCUCCACCUCUUCCCCAUCCCCCUCCCGCACAAGCUCCCUUCCAC